UCCAAUUUUGCUUAUGUUUGCGCCGAAUGAGGGAAGUGCACGUAUGUUUGUGUUGUUGAUAUUCAUGUAUGAUUGAGAAUUUAUUUCGAACAGUGUUUCAGGGCAACAAACUUUGAAUGCGUAUUCUGCAUUUUUUUUCCCCUACGCAUGCUGUAGUUUUUUUUGUAUUAAUAAGUUUAAAAGUUUAUUGUCUUGCAACAUAGCUUGAAUUAAAAGUAAACAUGUUCCUUGUUGAUUGGAUGACAAAUGUUCUGAAUUACCUAGGUCUUUGGAAGAAAAGUGGAAAACUCCUAUUUUUAGGCUUGGAUAAUGCUGGAAAAACAACACUUCUUCAUAUGUUGAAAGAUGAUCGCAUGGCACAGCCUGUCCCCACUCUUCAUCCUACUUCUGAAGAACUGUCAAUUGGUAAUAUGAGAUUUACAACUUUUGACUUGGGUGGUCACUUGCAAGCUCGUAAAGUAUGGAUGACCUAUUUUCCAGCAGUCGAUGCUAUUGUAUUUCUUGUAGAUGCUUGUGACAGAGAGAGACUUUCAGAAUCAAAAGUUGAACUUAAUAGGCUAUUAACAGAUGAACAGCUUUUAAACUGCCCAGUAUUAAUAUUGGGAAAUAAAAUUGAUAAGCCAGGAGCUGCCAGUGAAGAUGAAUUGAGAACUUAUUUCCAAUUACAUGGCCAAACGACAGGAAAAAGUAAAAUUCCCCGGUCAGAGUUACCUGGACGUCCUUUGGAGUUAUUCAUGUGCAGUGUUCUAAAAAAACAAGGCUACGGAGAAGGUUUUCGUUGGUUAGCUGAAUAUAUAUAACUGAAGUUCAAAUAAAUUCUUGUGAAUAUAAUGCACUUGAAACUUUAAAAAAUUUAUCUUCGGAAACUUUCCCUUUUUAGCAAACAUUUCAGGGACAACACUUGAAACAUUUCUAAAUACAUUCAAUGAAUUAUUCAUUUAAAAUGAUGUUCUUGAUGGCAAUGUAUUGGAAGUGGUAUAUGCAUUUUUAUUUUCAUUAUUUAUAUCUUCAGCUCUCAACAGUAAUGGUUUAUACUUAAAAAGUUUUCAUAGCUAAUAUAAUAGAAUGUUUUUGUUACUGAAAAAAUAUUUUAUUUAUACAGAUUUAUUUUGUUUUUAAAACUUAUACGUGAAGUACUGAUUUAUAAAUGUAUCAUAUUGAAUAAAUAUAUU